AUGUCGGACAACAUUCCUUUCGAACUCCAAGUGGAAAUCAUCAAAAGGGUUCCUGUCAGAUCUUUGCUUCAAUUCAGAUCCGUUUCAAAGCAAUGGAAGUCUCUGAUCGAUAGCUCUGAAUUCAUUACUCAUCACACCCUCAACCCGACUCAACCACAACAUCUACCGGUAAGCUACAUUGGACUUUCCGAGAUAAAAUAUGUUUCAAUUGUUGAUGAUGAUAGUUUUCCCCGACACAAGUUUUCUCCCACUGUUUCUCCGACUGCUAAGCUACUUACCCAUCCUCGAAUGAUAGCUUCCUCUCACGGAUUGGUGUGCUUGUGUGGAUUUGCUUAUGAGCUCAACAAGAAUCUUAUUAUUCUUUGGAACCCAUCAAUUAGGAAAUCUGUUGAAAUUGAGCUGCCGAAUAAAUUGAAUGCUCUUGGUUUUGGGGUUUGUCCUAAAACUAUGGACCCUAAGAUUGUCAGGAUAACGCGUAGAACUAACGCGCAGGUUUAUACAUUAAGCUCUGGGGCUUGGAGACGCGUAUCAAUGAAUCUGUGUGUGCCCCCGGGAUUUACGUUUUGUUCUUAUCAGGUAUAA